AUGGGGUCAGAACUAACGCCGCAGGAGAAGAUCAAGCUGAUCACACAGAACCUGCAAGAGGUUCUCAAGCCAGAGAUCCUUGAAGAUAUAAUUGUCAAGCAGAACAGACCCCUGAAAAUCUACUUAGGUACUGCUACCACUGGUAGGCCGCACUGUGGCUACUUUGUCCCCAUUGUAAAGAUCGCCCACUUCCUUCGGGCAGGAUGUCACGUCAAGAUCCUGCUGGCCGACAUCCACGGCUUCCUCGACAACCUCAAAGCUCCCAUUGAGCUAGUCAACUUCCGCGCCGACUACUACCGCUAUGUAAUAACAGCCAUGCUCAAAGCCAUACACGUGCCCCUCGAGAAGCUUGAGUUUGUGCUAGGAUCUUCCUACCAGCUCUCGGCGAAGUAUACAAUGGACAUAUUCCGCCUAAGCAGCAUGGUGACCGAGCAUGACGCCAAAAAGGCCGGUGCAGAGGUCGUGAAGCAAGUUGAUAAUGCGCCGUUAUCUGGAUUGAUUUAUCCGCUCAUGCAGGCUCUGGACGAAGAGCAUCUAGACGUUGACGCACAGUUCGGCGGUGUUGACCAGAGAAAGAUUUUCACCCUGGCUCAGGAAACACUUCCUCGCAUUGGGUAUAAGGAGCGAGCACACUUGAUGAACCCGAUGGUCCCUGGACUGGCGGGCGGGAAGAUGUCUGCUUCCGACCCGGAUUCCAAGAUUGAUAUCCUUGAUACUGCAGACGCUGUUAAGAAGAAGAUCCGCAAGGCUUAUGCAGUACCCAAGGAAACUGAGGGUAACGGGAUGAUUAGCUUUGUUGAAUAUGUUCUGCUCCCUGUUAGUGCACUGGAGAACGCAGAUGGCAAGGGCGCCUUUGUCGUCGACAGGAGCGAAGAGGAGGGCGGUCGGGUAGUGUACGAUUCCAUCGAUGCUGUUAAGGCUGAUUACCAGGCUGAUAAAUUAACACCCCAAAUCCUCAAACACUCCAUAACAACUGCAUUGAAUAAUAUCCUUGCUCCGAUCCAGGCUGCAUACGCCGCAGACCCCGAGUGGCAAGAGCUGGCAAAGAAAGCCUACCCGCCUCCUCCCGCACCUGAAAAGAAGCAGAAGAAGCCAAAGGACAAGGGUAACAGGUACCCCGGUGGUGCAAAAAAUGUUACUGCUAAACCGGAUGGAUCAGUGGAAGGUGAAGCCAGUGUCAAGGCAUCGGUUGGAGAGAACGUAGAUGAAGCUAUUAAGAAGCUGGACGUGAAAGAGUAG